AUGGGUAGGCAAAGAGGGUACCAAGCUCAUGAAGGGUACCAAGGUCGUGACCAUCAAGGUUAUGAUGACGAUGGAGAUUUUCAUGGGAAUCACGGUUAUGGAGGAGGGCGAGACACGAGUCUCAAUUCUAUCAAGGUUACUCUCCCAAUCUUCAAAGGAGGAAGUGACCCCGAUGCAUUUCUUGAUUGGGUGAUGCAUUGUGAUAGAAUUUUCUUGACGAAUGACAUGUCCGAGGUGAAAAAGGCGUCUUAUGCCAUUGCUCAAUUCGAAGGGUAUGCCUCCACAUGGUGGGAAACUCAAGUGAAGGCUAGAAGAAUUAUUGGGCUUCCUCCUACACCUACUUGGGAUGAAUUGAAGGACGCCAUGCGGCGUAAGUAUGUCACCGAACGCUACAAGCAAGAACAACUCAAGAAGGUGUAUACUUUAAGGCAAAGCAAAAAGAGUGUGGAAGAAUACUAUGAUGAGUUCCAAAUUGUCAAGAUGAGAAUCGACUUUGACGAGGAUGAGCUAAAUGCUAUGACUCGGUUCCGAGCCGGGUUAAAUGGUGAGAUUGUCUCACAAAUAAGACUCCACAACUAUGGGAGCAUUGAAGAGACUCUUCAAGCGGCUAUUGAAAUAGAGGAGGAACGAGGAGCUUCCUCCUCCAAUUGGCAAAAGAAUAAGGCCCCCAUACAAGAAGCCAAGAAACCAUUUGUGAAGAAUUCUCAAGUUGAGAAGCAAGUUGACAAACAACCUCCGAAGUUUGCUCCAAAAGAAGGAGGUACGAAAACUCCUAUUCAAUGCUUUAAAUGUCAUGGCUUCGGUCAUAGAGCAAGUGAAUGCCCUAAUCGUAGAGCGUUUAUUUUGAGAGACACUUAUAGUGAGGAUGAGGGAGAAUGUGAGAAAGGAGAUGAUGAGGGCGAUCAUGAGAAUGAACAACAUGAUAGUGAAGGGGAUGGUGUUGAAGGAGAUGAUGAGCCUAUUGUACCUCUCUAUGUGGUGCGAAGAACCAUGAUAAGCAAAGCAAUGGAUGACCCAAGUCAACGGGAAAAUCUCUUCCACACCAAGUGCAUCAUUAACCAAAACACUAGCAUCAUGAUCAUUGAUAGUGGGAGUUGUGCCAAUGUUGCUAGUACCACCCUUGUUGAUUUCUUGAAACUUCCCACCACCCGCCAUGGAAACCCUUACAAGCUUCAAUGGCUCAAUGAAUGUGGUGAAUUGAAGGUGACUAGGCAAGCUAUCAUCAAAUUCACGGUUGGGAAGUAUCACGAUGAGGUGUUAUGUGAUGUUGUUCCCAUGCAAGCGUGUCAUCUUCUACUUGGCCGACCAUGGCAAUAUGAUAGGUCCGUCAACCAUAAUGGGAGAACUAACCAAUACACCCUUGUCCACAAUGGUGUCAAACAUGUCUUGAAUCCCAUGACCCCCUCCCAAGUGGGUGAGAUCUAUAACAAAAUAAGGGAGUUGAAGGAGAAGGGUCGUAGUGCAUUGAAAAAGAAGAAUGUGGGGGAAGAGGGAGUAGAAGAGAGUAGUUCUCAAGAGUUGAGUGGAAAGAACGGAGAGCUUAGAGGAAAAACCAAGGUGUCUCUUUUGGCGAAUUGUGGGGAAAUUAGGGAGGAAUUGGGGGAGCGUUAA